CUCCUCCUCUUCGCUCCCUCUCUCCGCCCGGCGCCGGGGCAGCUCCCACCGGAGGCGCUGGGGACAUGGAGCGGACCUGAGCCGGGCGCGGCGGAGCCCGCACCGGCACCGGCGGCAGCACCGGCAGCGGCGGCGGGGACCGGGGCGCAGCGCUGCAGCGCGGCGGAGCCGAGAGGAAAAGGGUCAGAUGUCUUCGCCCCUCCGUCAUGCGAUAGGAAAGUAUUGUUUACGAAGCAGCCGAGUCAAACGUGCCCUCUGCUCUGCCUGGAAACGCUGACUUUUCCGGCAACGUGAGCUCUCGGCAGCCUUCUGGGCAGAUGGAGGUUGUGGCUUUCCGUGGGAGCGCCGCUGACAGGAUGUCCAUGAGGAGCCCCGUUUCUCCCCACCUGGAGCUUGAUGGAGCCGGCAGCAUGGUGAACUGCACCAUCAAGACGGAGGAGAAGAAGGAGGGUGGAUGUGAGUCCCCGCCAGGGGCUGCCCCCAGCACCGAGCCCCGUCCCAAUGACCCACCAGGGCCACCACCGAGGGAGGGCACCGACCCCCAGGCCCUGCCGCAGGAGUCCCGCUCGCCUGUCGGCGAUGCGCUGGAGCCCAGGCGCUCUGCCUUCGAGCCGGCUGUCGGUGGCCAGGAGAAGCUGGACUUCAACAGGAACUUGAAGGAGGUGAUGCCAACCAUUGAGAAGCUACUGUCCAGCGACUGGAAGGAGCGGCUGCUGGGCCGAAACACUGCCGAGUCCAAGGAAGUGAAAGGAACCCAGGAAAGCCUGGCAGAGAAGGAGCUCCAGUUACUCGUCAUGAUCAACCAGCUGUCCACGCUGCGGGACCAGCUCCUGACGGCCCACUCGGAGCAGAAGAACAUGGCCGCGAUGCUCUUCGAGAAGCAGCAGCAGCAGAUGGAACUGGCGCGGCAGCAGCAAGAGCAGAUCGCCAAGCAGCAGCAGCAGCUCAUCCAGCAGCAGCACAAAAUCAACCUGCUGCAGCAACAGAUCCAGCAGGUCAACAUGCCCUACGUCAUGAUUCCCGCCUUCACCCCCAGCCACCAGCCUCUCCCCGUCACUCCCGACUCCCAGUUAGCCCUGCCCAUCCAGCCCAUCCCCUGCAAACCAGUGGAUUACCCGGUGCAGCUGCUGCACAGCCCUCCUCCUCCCACGCUGAAGAGACCCGCCGGCUCGGGCCACCUCCAGAUGCAGGAGACCUCGCAGCCACUGAACCUGACAGCCAAACCCAAAGGUUCUGACCUCCCCAGUGCCUCCAGCUCGCCCAGUUUGAAGAUAAGCGGCUGCCAGUCCCUCACGCCGAGUCACGGGGCCACCAGGGACCUGCAGACCAGCCCGUCCAACCUGCCUCUGGGGUUCCUGGGCGAAGGCGACGCCAUCACCAAAGCCAUCCACGAUGCGCGGCAGCUGCUGCACAGCCACAGCGGGGCCAUGGAGGGAUCGCUGAGCAACCCCUACCGCAAGGACCAUGUCGGGAUUGAUUCUUCCCCAGUGAAGGAGCGGAUGGAGGAGACCCCUGCCCACCGGCUGGACGAGGCUCUGUUGACCUGUGAGAUGGACGGCUCACGGCACUUCCCCGAGUCCAGGAACAACAACCACAUCAAGCGGCCCAUGAACGCCUUCAUGGUGUGGGCGAAGGACGAGAGGAGGAAGAUUUUGCAGGCCUUCCCAGACAUGCACAACUCCAGCAUCAGCAAGAUCCUGGGCUCCCGGUGGAAAUCCAUGACGAACCAGGAGAAGCAGCCCUACUACGAGGAGCAAGCCCGGCUGAGCCGGCAGCACCUGGAGAAAUACCCUGACUAUAAGUAUAAGCCCCGACCCAAACGCACCUGCAUCGUGGAGGGGAAGCGGCUGCGUGUGGGCGAGUACAAGGCGCUGAUGAGGAACCGACGGCAGGACGCCAGGCAGGGCUACUUGAUAGGGCCCCAGGGCAGCCAGGUGCCCCCCGCCUCCUCGGACGUGCUGUACCAGCGGCCGGUGGGCAUGCAGCUGACUCCCCCCCUGAUGGAGCACUACCUGCCCCGCAGCAUUGACCCCACCAUGCCCGUCAUCGUCAACACGCGCAGCCUCAAGGAGGGUGACGGCGGAGAUGACAGGCACUCGGUGGCUGACGGUGAGAUGUACCGCUACAGCGAGGAGGAGGACUCGGAGGGCGAGGACAAGAGCGACGGCGAGCUGGUGGUGCUGACGGACUGAGGGGGGGCUGGGGGGGCGGCAGGUGGGGGUGGCAGGUCUGGCUGCUACCAGGAAAGAGGUCAGAGCUUCCCCCAAUGGGACAGGACUGGCUGAAGGGCUGCACUGGGAGCAGAGGAGAGCUGCUACCCCAGCAGGCAGGAGUCGCUGCAAAUGGGUCCCACAAAGACGGGUGUCCCAGGAUUUUGGGCGAGGUGCGUCCCAUUGGAGUGAUGAGCGGUGAUGUGCGCUGCGUGGGGCCAUGGCCGGGAUGUGCUGACCCUGCUGGGCAAGCUGGGGAGGGCUGGCUCAGCCUUACACUGGUGGCGGGGCAUGGGGAGCUGAGGCCACCUGGCUCAAGGGUGUGGGUGCCACAGCUGCUGCGCUGUCACCCACCUGGAGCCCCCCAGGAGGUACCUGAGGGUAUUGAGGUGCGGGUAAACCUCCAGAGCAUGUCCCAACUCUCCAGAACCUGCAGGUCCCUUGCAGAGACCCUUACCUGCAGCUGCCAGCCCCUGCUGCCGGGGACACAGGAUGGGGAUACGCUUGUCCCUCGCUCAGCCCAGCCUGACCUCCCCACCACGUUUCCCCGCUCGGUCUUUAGAGGCUGCCAGCAAAUUCCCAUGGAGCCAUUUUUAGCUCUUGCCUGGCCCGAGUACCAGCCAAGGGCUCCGAGGAGCCCUUUAUGCUCCUGACAUCUCUGGCCCACUUUGUAAAUAAAGUGGGUGCCUCUUCCCUGGCCGUGCCGUUACCCCGGCCCUCCGCCAGCCCCUGCCCCGGGCACGGCCAGACACAAGCCCCAGCUGCGGUGGGUACGUGCCCCAUCCGUCCCUGGGCACCUCUCCCUCCCGUGCCCUGGCUCUGCAAGCCGCAGGCUCCACCUGAGGUCUGCAUCGUGAAAACCACAGCGGGAGAGAAAAAUAGCAGCAGUUUAAAAAAAGAAAUAAUUAAAAAUAAAAACAAAACAACCUUGCUCCGGUCAGAGCCUGGCCCAGGGGUGUUUGGGGUGCAGCAUGGCUGGCUGUGCACGCACUGGAUCCAGCUGUGCAUGCACGGGUCUGGCUGCUUGUGCACAGGGGCUGACUGUGCAUGCACAGGGUCCGUGCACCGCCCUGUGGCAACAGCCAGAAACAGGCACCGCAGCUCCGGCUGCAGCCACAGCCUGGCUUCCAGCCUGGCACCGCGGGGACCUUGCUGGGGGGCAGAAGGAGCCGUGGCUGCCCAGGCUCCAGUGGGGGGACGAGCCCUGCAACGGGCAGCUUUGCAGCAGCCCCAAGCACUCGGCCCCAGGGUGGGGGUCUGGAGCAGCAUCGGGGCCCCGGUGCUGCUCCCCGGCACCCCGCAGGGCUGCUGUUGAGACACUGUUUAUCCAAGGGAGGGUCCUGCCUCCUCACCCACCUAGCAAACGCCUCUCUCCUCUCUUUCCCUUCAUCAGUGCUUUAUUUAUUCCCCCUCCCUGUGCUGCUCUGGCUGGGGCCGGGGUCCCUGGGGAAGGGGUGCUGGCUCCCAGGGUGGGAUGGGCUGUGCUGCAGAGGGGGCUGGAAGUAGAUGUGCCCAACAGAGAUGCAGCUCUUCCUUUUUUUUUUUUUUUUUUUUUAAAAAAAAGAGACUGUAAAUAUAGAUAGAGCUUUAUUUUGUUAAUAAGACAACGAGUAACUUAACCUGUAUAUUUCACAUACUUGUUUACAAUUGUCCCCCCCACCCCUUGGCACAAUAAAGAUGACUUUUUGGA